AGUGGGUCACUGAGUCGGGCGGGAGUAGUGUAGUAUCCUGGACGAAGCCGGCUCAUGCACACGAUGAAGGAGUGAGUGCCUGCUGCCGAGCGCUGCCAGAGAGCCGAGUCUGCCGUCUUUCUCCGUCGCGCCCGCUGUGCCCCUCGCACCUUUGGCCAGUGUCGAGGUAGAGCCGACAGUCGAGUUUGUCCUGCUGCAGUCGUCGUCGUCGUCGCGAUGGGCAAGAAAAAUUCGAAACUGAAGCAAGACACCAUCGACAGGCUUACGUCCGAAACAUACUUUUCGGAAAAAGAGAUCCGCCAAUGGCACAAAGGAUUCCUGAAGGACUGUCCGAACGGCCUGCUGACCGAGCAGGGCUUCAUAAAAAUCUACAAGCAGUUCUUCCCGCAAGGCGACCCCAGCAAAUUCGCCACCCUGGUGUUCCGCGUGUUUGACGAGAACAAGGACGGCUCGAUAGAGUUUGAGGAGUUCAUCAGAGCACUCUCCAUCACCUCCAGAGGAAACCUCGACGAGAAAUUGCACUGGGCGUUUAGGUUGUAUGACGUAGACAAUGAUGGAUACAUCACGCGCGAAGAGAUGUACAACAUAGUGGAUGCCAUCUAUCAAAUGGUGGGUCAGCAGCCGCAGUUCGAGGAUGAAAACACGCCGCAGAAGCGAGUGGACAAGAUCUUCAAUCAAAUGGACAAGAACCACGACGAUAAGCUCACACUCGAGGAGUUCCGCGAAGGCAGCAAAGCGGACCCGCGUAUAGUGCAGGCGCUCUCGCUCGGCGAUGUCAACUGAUCUACACUUAUUUUGCCUAAGGGAGCAGAAUCGUCGCUUGGGCCAGCGGAACCAUCGGCCGUCGCGAAUAUUGACUCAAGUUUACCUAAUAUUGUGAUUUUCAUUCCUUAUAUUAUAUAUAUUGCAUAAUGCGCGCAUACUGAGAUUUUUAAUUGUAAAAAGCAUGGAUAAAUUAUUAUUAAACUACAAAAUAUAUUUACUAAAAAGAUUAAAACAAGUUAAAUUAUACUCAUCUCUCUCUCACAACACACACUGAAACACACACUCACUGUUGAAAAUUAAAAUUCCACACUAUCGCAUCGGGAAAAUUUUUUCUUUAGUUGGUCGCGUAAUACCAAAGCAAUCAUAACAUGGGAAGAUUAAUUUUGCGGCCUAUACACAAACACGGAGUUGCAAAGUAAGCAAUUAGCGCGCACUUCUACAACACAGAUUUCCGAGUCAAACGCCAAGGCUAUAAAAACCGCAUUAAAUUACAAGUUAAUAAAGUGUACUGCCAAAGUGUAAUAUACAAAAACAAAAUGCUAUAAACACAAAGCUGGAGAAUAAAGUUUGAGAUCAGUAGCUUUUUCAGUAGUUUUUCCACAGCAGAUGAAGACAAGUGAUUUUAAUGAGAGAGAGAGAAAGCAGAUUUGUUAAUUGAAAGUGCGUGGAUCGCCACGAAAGAGCCAUUUGCCAGUGGAAAAUCUGUUUGACCGUGCGUUGAAUUUUAAUUAUGCUAAUUAAGCAUCGUGCAGAGUGUGUGUGUGUGUGUGUGUGCGCACGUUUACAGUGAACUAUUAUGCACUUAAAUCCAUUGCGUGAAUGUUGAAGUUCCCGCCCACUCGCCCAUUUGUCCCAACUGAAAAGCGUGAACGUUUUGCUAAUUGGCCUGGAAAAAUUCACUCUGCGAAUCAAGACAAGUUCAUUGCCAAUUCGCCUCUUACGAGGGUAAUGAUUUAUUUACACUUGCCGAAAUUAUGGAAUUCACUAAAAGCAAUCAAUAUUUCAAUCUGAGAAUAUACAAAUGAUAAUUUAAUCCGUCAACUAAUUCUAAUACUGCUACCACUUAGCUUUUUAUUUAAUCUCUACGCAUAAUUUUCUUAUAUAUUUAUCUUGCAAAAGGCGCAUUUCUAGUGAAAUCGAUCUUACAAAACGUUUAAUAAAAUACUAUUAUAAUAUGCACAACACUUUGCAACAAGCUCAUCACUGGAUUGCGAUUAUUCAUAUAAAUUCUUAGUGUUUUUAAAGUCACUAUCCACUUCCAAGUAAGGAAAUCGAUCUGCAUGCUUCUAAAAUAUCGAUGAAUUUAAUGACGACAACGUUAACAGGUGUAAAUAUAAUCCAAUUUUCAGUGUGAUUUUAUAUAAUAAAAUACUCGACUACAUUUAUUCUGAUUAUUACGUAAUUAAAUAGCUGUAAACUCUGAGAGGUCGGUUUCUGGAUGAGCACGAGACAAAACUACAAAGGGACCUGAUUUUGAAUUUCAAUCCCGCCGCGCUGUCCCGGCGUGCACAUCCAGAGAUCGACGAAGAGGAUAAUAAAAAACUGUGUAUGAUUUGAAUUUUGGAGUUGAGUUUAAAGAUUCAUGGCUGCCGCAUGUCUUUCCACGUUAGCGCCACAGUCGAGAUGCGAAAUCAAGCAUUCGAGACCCUCUCUUUACGCAAUUUUUGAUCGCGCGUUGGAGUUGCAUUGGUAUAAACAGGUCCGCGCUAAAGAGCAGAAAUAAAAAGCGAGUUUUAAAAAUAAACAUUACACGACACGUUUCUGAGUUCGGAUCUGAUUUCUCACGAUUUCUCGUAAUUCGAAAAGCUGAAACACGUAUAUUCAGACGCAAUUAAGUGAGUGUGUAUGUGUGCAUUUAAAUAAGGAAAAUCUACCUUGUACCGAAAAGCUGCUUUGAGUGUCGCUGAUUCCGCUUCGACGAAGUUGAUUUUGCUGCACUUUGGUUGAGCUGACUUUAGAGUGAAAAUGAGUGCCUGUUGCGGGAGGAAAUGUGUGAGCAAGUGACGAGUGCUAAUUUUAAUUUUGUGAUUUAAUGAAUUUGUAAUACAUGUAUUCCAAAAUUAUUAUGAUCUCCGAUGAUUGUUAUAUUAUUGUUAAGAAGCUGAAAACCGGAUCUGCGGGUCGGUGGUCGUUUUUUAAUUGUAUUAAUUGUCCAUAAAAACAAAAAUAAAUUAUCAUUCACUCUGGAAAAAACCAGAUGUUGGUUCUCAUCAAAAUAAAAAUGCGAGAGUUCUUCGAAAAAUUGUUUGUAUGCAUUUACGAAGUUUGUUGGGUACAAAUAUAUAUCUGAAACGUGAUUAAACGAUAUUUUAAUUAUUGUAAAUAUGCAGCAAAGUGCACAAAUAAAGUUGUGUGUAAUUCCAAUACAACUUA